AUGGCUGCCCCUCGAGAAACCGAACAGGGGCACGAACUGUCGGACCUCGCACCCGUCGUCGUGCGAGGUCCCACCCCUUUCCUGACCACUGCUCUCGCCCGUCCCCUGCCGACAAUCCCGGAGCUGCCCGGCAGCCCCGUGCCCACGACCAGCACCAGCAGCAGCUACGGCUCCCUUCCGUCCCUUGUCCGGUUCUCCUCCUCCUCCGUGUCCCCGUCCCCGUCCCCGUCCCCGUCCCCCGAGCCAACGGCAGACCUGCGAAGCGUGUGCUGCAUCUGUCUGGCUCACAAGGCCCCCGACUCUCUUCUCUGCGGCGACCCUUCGGACCCUCGCUUCCCGCUCGCCUCCCGCUGCCUCGACUGCGUGGACCAGUCGCCUGAGGGACUGGACCUCAGCAUGCGGUACCCGCUGGUGAGCGGCGAUUACAUCUGGGUUUGUCGCUGGUGCGGACGCGCGGGCCUCGUGCCGCCGGACUGGAGCUGGAACGGGGUCGAGUUCCACGAGGACGGAUGCCGCGCGGGAUAUGCGCGGGCGCUGAGGGACCACUGGAUGACCUUGGCGCUGCAGUGGGUUGUUCUCUGGUGUCUUGGCUUCUUGUGCUUUGGGUCUUUCUCGGUUGUUGGCGAGGUUAAGGCGGAGUGUUUCGUUCUCUUCCUUGCCACUUCCUUCUCGUCCAUCCUCGGGUUCUGGAAGUACAAAGGUCGAAACGUGUACUGUGGCCCCCUGUUGAUGGAGAUGAAUCGUCUGCUGGCGCUGGUGGGACUGCUGUACUACGUUGUUCGGACGUCGUUCUACAGCUCAAACGUUCCCAUGGAAGAACCAGCGGCUCCAGAAGACGGUUCUGUCGCUGAGGCUUUGGAGGACAACGGCGACCAAUUGUCUUCCUAUAGAGCGGCAGCGACCGUCUCGCUCAUUGUGUGGUUACUGGGUUUCCGCCGCGGUGGUGGCGCGGGUUAUGGCGUAGGGUGA